GAAAAGGAAGCUGCAGCCGGGAGAUGGAGUGGGGCUGCUGCCCCAGCAGUGCUGAGCAAUCGAUCCCACCGCUUGUAGGGUGCUGCAGUGCGGGGCCCUAUGGGUGUCCCAGUGGUGUGUGGGGCUGUGCUCACAUGGCCUUUAUGGCUGCUGGGGUAAGAAAAUAACAGGGGAACAGCCUUGAGCAGGUUGGGAGCUCCCAUGUGUAGCAGUGCUGCUGCCUUAUUUCCUUUACAUCCCCGUCUCGCUCAGGGCCUCACAGUCAGGUGGGUUUUUCUUUUUAACGGGCUGCUUCAGUGGCUCUAUGAGCUAAAUGAAUGCAUCCAUACAGGUGUAUAAGCUGCUGUAGAAUUGAAUAAUAGAAGAGGGGGUGAUAGCAGGAGAACAGUGCCUGCAUAUGGAUUUGGAGUCUUCUAACUCUAAAAGAAAAGGAAAGAAGCCCCUCCUCUAUGUGGCUGUAGGUAUCUAGGAGGGCAGUGGUUCCUUCUGGGUCAGCUCCAGGAAUGAAACCCCCAGAGAAGUGCUUGUGCCAGCUUUUCCCUUCUGGUCGGGUCAUGGAAUCAUUAAGGUUGGAAAUGACCUCUAAGAUCACUGAGACCAACCAUCAACCCAUGCCCACUGAUCACAUCCCUCGGUGCCACAUCUCCAUGGUUCUUGGACAUUAACAGGGACAGUGACUCCACCGCCUCCCUGGGCAGCUGUGCCACUGCUGUUCUAUUCUUUCUGAGAAGAAAUAGUUCCCAAUAUGCAACUUGAACCUCCCCUGGCUCAACUUAAGGCUGUUUUCUCUUGUCUUGUGGCUUUUACCAGGAAGAAGAGGCCAACUCCCACCUCACCACAACCUUUCCUUACCAUCCUUGCACUGCACUGGAAGAGAGGGGGGUAGCAGGGCCCUCUGUCAGACAGAGAGUAUGGAGGCAGGGCUCUAGUCUGCAAAACAGUGCAGCAGAGGGGAAGGUGAUAAGUGCUGUGCAACUGUCAGUGGUGCUGGGAAGUGCUCUGUAUGUAUCAUGUCAUAACAGCGCAGGAGAAUGGAACAGAAUGAGCAGGCGCCAGAUUUAAAGCCAAGUGAAAGGAAAUACUUCUCCCAGACAGCACAUAAGGAAGCUGUGAAGCCAGUGCUGCAGGAUGCUGGGGUUGCCAGGAAAGGACUGAGCAAGGCCCACCAAGGGCUGUUAAGUGAUAGAGUUGAGAGAGUAUUGUGGUGGUGCUGUGCUCUGUGGUUCAGCAUUGGCCAUCGGCUCUGGCUGGUUAACAGCCUCAUGCUUCUGCAGGCUGAGAAACAGCAGCAGUGCCUUCUGUCAGUCCUCCUUCCACAGGAACUGCACUAAGACCAUGAACCUACAGCGGGGGAUCGGGCGCUGCAGGAGCUUGGCAGAGGAGAAGAGCUGAUGUGCUGGGCUCUGAUCCACCAGCUGCAGGGCAGAGGCAGUGUAAAGGGCACGAUGAACAUCCCACAUGGUGCCAGAGGUGAGGGCCAUGUGCAGGAGCUGUUCCACGAGGAGGCCCAGCAGGGAUCCCAAACACAGAGCAGACCCUGGUGGAAGAUCCAGCUGUUUGUAUGGGAGCCGGUGCUUUUUGGGACGUGGGAUGGCGUCUUCACCUCCUGCAUGAUCAACAUUUUUGGAGUGGUUCUUUUCCUGAGGACGGGAUGGCUUGUGGGAAACACUGGUGUUGUGAUGGGCAUGUUUCUGGUGUCCUUUGUGGUCCUGGUUGCGCUGGUGACGGUCCUAUCUGGAAUUGGGGUCUGUGAGAAGUGCAGCAUUGGAAGUGGAGGCGUCUACUCCAUGAUCUCUACUGUCCUUGGAGGUCAAGUCGGGGGGACCAUUGGGCUCCUUUAUAUUUUUGGCCAGUGUGUUGCAGGUGCCAUGUACAUCACCGGCUUUGCAGAGUCCAUUGCAGGUGUACUGAACCUCAGCAACAUCUGGGCAGUGCGGGGCAUUUCCCUGGCGGUGCUGCUGGGGCUGCUUGGGAUCAACCUGGCAGGGGUGAAGUGGAUCAUCCGCCUCCAGCUCCUGCUGCUCUUCCUGCUGGCUGUCUCAACGCUGGACUUUGUCAUUGGGUCCUUUUCACACCUUGAUCCAGAGCAUGGCUUUGUUGGCUACUCGGAAGAGCUUUUGUUUAACAACACGCUGCCAGACUACAGCCAGGGGGAGUCCUUCUUCACUGUUUUUGGAGUGUUCUUCCCAGCUGCCACAGGUGUGAUGGCUGGGUUCAAUAUGAGUGGAGAUCUCCAGAAGCCUGCUACCAACAUCCCCCUGGGGUCUCUGGCUGCUAUUGGCACCUCGUGGUUUCUCUACAUGGUCUUCGUCUUUUUGCUAGGAGCCACUUGCACCCGUCAGUCUCUCCGCUACGACUUCAUGAUAGCAGAAAAGGUAUCUUUGGUGGGUUUCUUGUUUUUGCUAGGGCUGUACAUCUCAUCCCUGGCCUCCUGCAUGGGAGGGCUCUACGGAGCACCCCGAAUCCUGCAGUGCAUCGCCCAGGAGAACGUGGUCCCCAUGCUCGCCUUCCUUGGACGCGGGAAAGGACCCAACAAGACUCCAGUGGCUGCAAUUUGCUUAACAAGUCUCAUCACCAUGGCUUUCGUCUUCAUUGGGCAAGUGAAUGUUCUUGCUCCAAUAGUCACCAUCAUCUUCAUGUUGACAUAUAUUGCUGUAGACUACUCCUAUUUCUCGAUCUCCUUGAGCUACAACAUUCAGCAAAAGCCUGGCAAGACACUGGUGGAAAACUCUAAGACUCCUCACUCUUCCCAGCCUUUGAUUUUCAGCAGGCCCUCCAGCCACGCAUCCGAUGGAGUAAUUCAAAGCAGAUCAAAUGGCACCUUGCUGGAAUUCAGGAAAGACAUGGACCAGCUUUUUAAACCAUUUUGUAAUGAGCCAGGUGCUGGCAAAAAGGAAGGAGCUGAGAAUCUAGUGCAAAAAGUCAAGCAGAAAAAAGCAAAGAAGCCAGCCAAGCAAAUGUUACAAGACAGCUUUCUUCUGGAUCUUGAUCACGAUGCUCCUCCAGCUCGCUGUGGGUGGGAUGAGACUGCAGAGCCCCCACCCAAAAGCCAGCAGUAUGAGAUGGGACCGUGCUGGUCACUGCCUGCUGUGGAUCACCAGGGACCACCUGAGCAUGGAGAGCAGCUCUACAGCAAGGCGCCAGAGGUCCCAGAUCAUGGGAUGGAAGAAUCAUCUACAAGGCAGCAAAAUCCAGAGCUGGAAAUUCAGCAAAUUCAAAAAUCCUUCUACUCCAAAUUCUGCAAUUACUGGGUUUCCUUUGCUGGUGCAAUUGUGUCCCUCAUCAUAAUGUUUGUCAUUCAGUGGAUCUACACCCUUGUCAGCCUGGGGGCAGCGGUCGUUCUGUAUUUCUACAUUGGCCAAGUGAGUCCAGGACUCCCCCUGGGAGCAGCAGCAAAUUUCAGUUUGUUCAGCUGGAUUAAGUCUGUUUUGACCACCUCAUGCAGGAGGAGGCCGUUGCCGAAGGAGCAGAUCGUGGUGACCCCAGCCUUGGCGACAGUGGGCAUGGAGACCAGGCAGCUCACAGAGGAGAAUGAGGACUUUGCCUCCAGGGACCGCUACCACCAAUCCUCCCUCAUCAGCAGGGAAGAGUUUGGGAAUCAGUUUCAGUAAACUUGGAGGCUGAAAAACAGCAAGCUGUCAUUUCAGAAAGGGCUGAUGAGUGCCAAUCACUGCUGACGUACCUUGUGAAAUACUUGAAUGUGUACGGAAAGGAUGUGAAGAGUUAUUUACGUGCUCGAGGCUUGUUUGUUUGUGCAAGCUACUACAUGGCCAAGUUUCAAAUCUCAUCCUAAAGGGAAAAGAAAAAAAAAGAAACCUGCUUGUUUUAUACCUCAGAGUUUCAGUGACCAAAUCUUAGCACUUUAAGGUGUUAGAUCAUAGGCCGGAGUCAGUGGCAAGUGCAAGAGGACUAUGAAAUAUAUUCAAAACUAGAACUGAACCUGUGCCUUUAUAUGCAGCAGUGCAGCAUGGUAAAAACUACUGUGAAACGGUGAUGUGAUGCCUUAGAAGCUUUUCAUAGUGGCUUCCCACAUCCUUUCUGAAACAAGAGCCAGGAUCUGAGAGUACAGCUAUCUCCAAAUAGCACAUCUCUUGGCUAAAAGGAGAGAUGAUUCAGAAGUGCCUUAACAAGAUACAUUUAACCUUAUUUUGCUAAUUCUGCUUAAAGCUCAUCCUGUACUGAGCUUUAUAGAUGCAUACGCAUAAGUAAAAAGGGGGGGAGGGAAGGGAGGAAUCACUGCCUCUCCCUUCUUGUAAUCUCUGAUCACUUCAGCCAUUAAAUUAUUUAUUUCUCCUUCUGUGCAAUAAAAACGUCAGCAUGGGGA